GCGGCUUCCCUGCACUCAUGGCUCGGCUCUCCCUUGCAGAAGUGGGCCUUCUGCUUCUGUUAGUGCUGGCCUUGGUGCUCAGUGCUGAAGCAAGUGAGAAGAAGCUGAAGACACUUAGAAGGAAGAAGAGAGAGUGGAUCCUUCCUCCUGCCAAGUUAUCGGAGAACAAAGACUACACUCAAAAACCAUCCAUUGCCAAGAUCCGCUCUGAUAAAGACAAAAGUGAAAGGGUGGAGUAUUAUCUCUCUGGACCAGGAGCUGACAAACCACCCUUCAACCUCUUUGUGGUGAACCAUGAAACUGGGUUUGUACGAAUUACUGGUCUCCUGGACCGGGAGAAAAAAGCAUUCUACAAUCUAACAGGAAAGGCUAGAUACAUGGAUGGGAAUCAAGCAGAGGAAGACAUCCCACUGAAUGUCGUAGUCCUGGACGAGAAUGACAACGCUCCUUAUUUUGAGCUGCAUACCGGCAAUGUCACAGAGUCAAGCAAAAAAGGAACCUUUAUUAUGCAGAUCGUGGGGAAAGAUGAUGACCAAGAGGGAACAAUUAAUUCAGAGAUCUCCUACAAAAUUAUCAGUCAGGUGCCAGAGAGUCCAGCUCGCAUGUUCGAUCUUGACAGCAAAACAGGCAAACUGUACGUCAAAGACGCCAGGCUGGACAGAGAGACUUGUGACUACUACAAACUGGUUGUACAGGGGGCUGAUUUGCGAGGGGCAGCAGGGGGGCUGACGGGGACAGGAACUGUGGAGAUCAAGGUGCUGGACAUCAAUGAUAAUAAACCCAUUCUGGAAAAAUCUGAGUACAAGGGCUCAGUGGAUGAAAAUGUUGCUGACGUAAUCGUGAUGAGAAUCAAAGCUCUGGAUGCAGACCUUGAACCCACAGACAACUGGAAGACUGUCUUUAAAAUUGUCAAAGGAAAUGAGGAUAAUCGCUUCGCCAUUGAGACAGAUGAAAAAACCAAUGAAGGCAUCCUUAAGUUGGUCAAGCCAUUGGAUUUUGAAGAAGUCCAGAAACUUGCGCUUGGCCUGUCCAUUGAGAAUGUAGCUCCUUUUGUGGAGGGUGGUGCUGUGGAGAUGGAUGUGGACGUCCAAGUUGGAGAGGGUGGUCCUGUGGCUACCGGUGCUGGAGUCGGAGCUGGAGCUGAUGCCGAUGCAGGGGUAAACAUAGGAGUAAAUUUGGAUACGGGUGUAGGCGUGGGCGGAGAUGCUGGAGCUGAAACAGGGGUAGGGUUAGGGUUGGAUACAGGACUUACGCCUGGAGUCAGGCCUGGACCGGGUGUUGGAACUAAGCCGGGCGUCAAACCAGGAACAAAACCAAAGCAAGAUGCACCUGAAAAAACCUAUCCCAUUCUGAUAUCAGUGAAUAAUAUGCCAGAGGGUCCAGCGUUCAGACCUGACACCAAGAUUGUUCCUGUAUCAGAAGAUCCAAAUGAAUUACCCAAGGAUGGUGUGCUCACAUCGUUCCCUGCUAUCGAUCCAGACACAGGAAAACAAGCUGAAGACGUCAGUUAUGCCAAAGCCCACGAUCCUGACAACUGGCUUACCAUCGAUGAAGAAACAGCUGAGAUUAAACUCAACAAGGCACCAGAUAGAGAGUCACCAUUCUUGGUGAAUGGCACCUACGUUGCCAAGAUUCUGGCCAUAACCAAAGACGUGCCAUCAAAGACAGCCACGGGAACAAUAGCCAUUCAAGUCAAUGACUUCAAUGACCACUGUCCCACCCUGACCACCUCCCGCACCAGUCUGUGCUCUGAUUCAAAAACUGUGUAUGUUACUGGCAUCGAUGAGGAUGUUAGUCCCAAUGCUGCUCCAUUUAAAUUCACAAUCAUCCCUGAUGGGACACGAGGCAAAUGGGACGUAAAAACCAUCAAUGACACGAGUGCCGCUCUUCACUCUCAUGAGAUGCUGUGGCCCGGCGAAUAUAAGCUUCAGGUGGAAGUGACGGAUGCUAAGGGUCUGUCUUGUGCGGCCAGUGAACCUUUUACUGUGGAAGUUUGUGACUGUGUGGAAAAAGAGGGCUGCGGUGCAAGGACAGCCAGACUAGGAACUCCUUCAUCUGAGCUCUCUGCCUCAGCCAUUGGCUUGCUGCUAAUGGCAUUGUGCUUGCUGCUGCUCAUUCCUCUUCUCCUGCUGUUCUGUCAGUGCGGAGGAGCAGACACCAUCUUUCCUGACCAAUUCAGUGAUAUACCAUUUGACGCCAAAGAACACCUCAUAUCUUAUCACACUGAAGGAAGAGGCGAGGAUAAGGAAGUUCCGCUCCAAAGUGUCCCUAUCAUGAUGAGUACCCAAAAGAAGGUUGAGGCUGCUGCAGCAGCAGCAAACUUCAACUCCGCUGCUUCUAAAAUCACAGAGACUCAUCAGACCAGUGCAUUCUAUGAGUCUGUGCAGCAGUUUCAGGACAUCAGACAAAGUUUGAUGGAGGUGGACAAUGCCUAUGGGUUUUCAAGGGGAUCAUUCAACAACAGCAGUGCUGUGUAUGGCAGGCCAACACUUGGUAUCCAACGCUCGACAACAGCUCUGUAUGAGGAUAUAGCCUUACCUGAUGCUUUCCUCAAUGCAUACUACUCGCAGAAAGCAGAUUGUGUUGUGCCAGUGAAGGACAGUCUUUUGGAUUAUGGCUUUGAGGGCCAGGGCUCCCCUACUGGCUCAGUGGGCUGCUGCAGCCUCUUAGAGUCUGACAACGACCUGCAGUUCCUCAAUGACCUUGGAUCAAAGUUCAAGACCCUGGCUGAGAUCUGUUCCCCUCCUACACCAACACCGAAGCCCUCCCUGACACACAAAGUAACAGGUGGUGUCAAAGCCUCAGUUGAUAUUGUUGAACCAGUUGUGAGGCCCAAAAUUGAACACAAUGUUGAGACAAGGCAUACCGAUAUAAAGACAGAGAAAGUCAUGUCGUCUACUAACAUCUCCAAAUCAUCUGUCAGUACCGUGAGCACUGCCCCGCAAUCCAUGACACUUCCUCGCACUAACGUUACUAACAUCAGUCAGUCUUCUAACAUCAGUCAGUCUAACAUCAGUCAUUCUGCUACUCUGCCCCGUCAAGCUCAGACAGUCAUACUACAGCGGCAGCCAGUUUACUACACCACCAGCCCUGUUCUACAGCCUAUGCACUAUGUAGUUCAACCACAGCUUCAGAACACCGUACUGCUGGCUAAUGGGGCCCAGGGAGUAAAUGUACCAGGCUUUUAUGUUGUCAGUGGGCCCCAGAAUCCUUCUUCUGGACUUGUAAUCAGUGGACCCCCACGCUCUCCUUCUGGGCUAGUUAUUCAGGGCACUGGAAGCCCCAAAAGCCCUGCCAGCCCCGCCAGUCCAGUAAGCCCCACCCUGUUGCUACCUGGUAGCCCAGGUGUGUCUCAGGGCACAGUCCCUGCGAAGGGCUGGAAAAUGGAAGGGCCAAAUCCUGACGGUAGUUACAUGUUAGUUAUGGAUAAAAGCAGUCCAGGUGAGGCAGAGGGGGUGGACCCAGGCUCAUCUCAGGGCACUUUGCCCAGAGGUGCUAUCCUGGUAAAAGAGGCUGCUCCCCCUCAGGGGGUGUUAGGCCCAGCAGCCCAGGGCAGUGUGUAUGGCAUUCUGCCAGGACACACUGUUGUUAAAAAUGGGGGUGUUGUUGCAGUUAACAGCAAUUUGGGGCAAACAUGGGUUAGGCAGCCAGGGCAGAUGGGGUUAAGGCCAGUCAAUAUUUUGGGAGUUGGUGCUGGGAAGCCGAGAAUGGGACACGUGGUGACAGCAAAGCCAGAAGGCAGACAUACUGGAAUAUGGCCACCUGGGAUUAAUUCAGUUGGGAUUAGGCAGAUCAGUGUAAACCAGUCCCAAGGAAUACCGCCUAUGGAGCAAACAAGGGAUCCCAGUGGUAUUUCAAAAGGAUAUAGAAUAGAAUCACCAAAGGAGGACAAGACCACUAGUGUUGUAAAUACCGUCAUUACCACAGACAUAAUUACUGCUGAAGUUGUUAAAACUAAUCAAUCUCCAAAGGAAGAGGUUAUGACAAAAAAACUGUUUAUGGAUGACAGUGAUCCAACUCAGAACACCCGUACUGAUACAGUUGAAGAACAGCAAGAUGUGAUCAGUAAAGCAUCAGAGCACGACCCAGCACUAAAUGAUGAGGAGCCAAGUGAGGUGGUCCAAGAGUAUCAAACACAAACAUCAGAAAAAUCUUCAAUUGCAGAUCUUGAAGAAGACAUUGUUAAAUCAUUACCCGGGUCAGAUGUACUGCAGACAUCAUUUGAGCAGUCUGAUACAGUGGUAGAGAAACUAGGAGAUACAAAAGAUGAAAUUGUGCCCGAUCAGUUGAAUAAAAUCACAGAAGCUCCAACAAACACAUUUACAGAUGUUGAAAGUCAAACAGCAGAAGCCAAUGACCCUCAACAGAACAUAGAGGAAGAAGCUGAGGCUCCACAAGCAGGACAGCAGGAAAAUCUUGGUCCCGCUGAAGGUUAUUCCAAGGAAGAUGUAUUUAUGGUCACAGAAAUGUCCUCCACAGAGGCUUUGCAAUGUGGAUCAGAUGUCUCUGAUUUAGGUAAUACAGAUGUAAAGGAUGGAGAGACAUCAGCAUUUCAUCAAGGAGAGGAAGCCACUUCUACAUCAGACCACCUCAAAAUUGUAGAUGAUCAAAUACAUGAUAGCACAGAAGAAAAUGUGUGCAGCCAGGAAGCAGCACCUCUGAAAGAGGAAGAAGUGGAAGAAGAAGGAGAACCCGUUCAGCUCAGCACAGUUGCAGCUCCAGAAGUCAGGAGUGCUGAAGUUGAGUCAGAAUCUCAAUCAAAUCAAGUCUCAGAGGAUCAAAGUGACAGGGACCUGGAGCAAGAUGUCAGUCCAGCAGAGGAAGUUGUUUCAGUCUUAGAAACAAAUCAGGUCGUUGCCACCUCUGAUAGUAUCCAGGCAGAAGAGAUUAUGGAGGAAAGAACAACUGUCACCAGUGAUACACAUGAGAAUGUUAAGGCUAAGCAGGAUCAAAUGUUAGAUUCUGAUGUGGAGCUUGAUACUGUGGAUGCUCAACCGUUAGCAACUGCUCCAAAUGAGAUUUCAAUGGACACUUUAAUUGUGUCUGAAGAGAGGUCCAUUCCUGAUCAGGAAGCAAUGCCAGAACUAGAGGUAGAUCGUAGUGAAGGGUUUCAGAUAGGUGAAGGUCAUGCACAAAGAGAUAUCGUUGAUGCUGAAGCAAGAACAUCAUUGCAAACUGGGAGCAUCAUUUUAGCCAACCAAGAAGAAGGAGAUCUGGGCGAUUCAAAUUUGAUAUCCGCAUCAGAGGAAAUUACCACUCAAGUACAAGCAGAGGGCUCUACUGUGCCAACCAUUUCAACAUUAGAGCAGCAUCAGCAGAUAGCAGAAGAUAAAGAUGAUGAUGAUGAUCAACAGCAUAUAACGUCAGAAUCGGGAGAAGACAAGGAUCAAGUCAGUGCAGAUACAGACAGUGUAAGUGAUGGAGAUAAAGAAGGGAGUAUUGUGGAGGAAGGAGUCUCACAGCAAAGUUUCAGCACCUCUGAUGACCACGAUGAAGACAUUGAAAGACAAGAUGGAUUGAGCACAAGUUCUCAAUUGGAGGAAAAUUUCAUCUCAGAUGACAACACCAGUAAUGAUGAGAAAGAUGAAGAUGCUGUGGAGGAAACUAUGUCACCGGUACAGCAAAAUAUAAGCUCUUCAGAUGACCAAGAUGAAAAGAGUGCAAAAGAGGAUGCAUCAAGCACUAGUUCUCAAGUUGACGAUACAGUAAUGUCAGAUGAUAACAUAAAUGGUCCAGAAAAAGAGGAGGGAGAGACUCUGGAGGAUGUGACAUUACCUAUACAACAAAAUGUUAGCAUCACACACUACCAAGAUGAAGAGAUUGAAGGAGAAGAUGUAUCAGGAAGUUCUUUAUUGGAGGAUCAGCUUGUCGCAGGUGAUGAUAUAGAUACUGUUGAGACAGAGGAUCAUAUUGCGGAGAAAGUGACAUCACCCAUACAGCCCCUUCUCAGCAUCACGAAUGAUCAAGAUGAAGAGAUUGGAAGAGUAGAUGCAGGACAUGCGACUUCCACAGUGGAGGAUCAGCUCAUCUCAGAAGAUAACACAGGAGACGGAGCGCAAGAGGUGUCACCUGUAGAGCAAACCACGUUGAGCUCAGAUGAAGACAGUGAAAGAGAAUGUGCAUCCCACACAGUAUCUCAAGUGGAGACAAAACUAAUCUCAGAUGUUGAUGGAGAGAAAGAGGAGAUAGAGGCUCCAUCCAUACAUCAAAACAUUUGCAUUUCAGGUGACCAAGAUGAAGACAGUGAAGAAGAAGGUGCACCAGGCACAAGUUCUCACAUACGGGAAGAAGGCAUCAAGUCUUACCAGCUUUCAGAGGAGGAAUCUCAGCCAUUAGACACUGAAUGUCUAUCAGCAAUGUCGAAGGUGACUGAUACUCAAGAAAUGCCUAGUGAAAUUACUACACAUCAAGUAAGGCAAGGCUUAGUCUCUUCUCAGACAGGUGAGAUACCUCUGGAUAUUGCUGAGAGGCACAUAUUGGUGAGGGAUGCUAACAUGGAGGGUUUGGAUGAUGUGGUCACAUCUUCAGGGGAACUGAUAUCAUCCAGGGUGGCAACAGGACAGGUUUAUACGUCCAGUGAAGAUGAAGGGGUCAGUGGUAGCAUAUUGGCAUCAGGACAGAGUGCCAGUGGAGAUCUCACUUUGGAAAAAGGCAAUGUAGAGGCCACCUUUGACCCAGAAAUUAGAGCGGUGUUAGAUGGAAGUACAACUCAUGCAUCUGGUCAGGUAUUACCAGUAUCUUCUUCAGAGAUUGAAGUGGUGGGCAAGACCAUAUCUUCGAUGUUGGAAACAGACCCAGGCUCUGCAGAUAUAGGAACUGCAAGUUUUAUUGCAACAAAUGAGGUAGCUGACGAAGCUGGUGACCUUGUUCAGAAUGAGAGUGUGCACAUAACUGGAGAAGCAGCAGAAAUAGGCCCAAAUACUGUGGGAAAUGCUGCUUUGAUAGAUGUUGAGUCAAAAGCUUCCGAUUACAUGCAUGGGGCUGAGGCAAGUGGGGCUGAAGUGAGUCCUGUUCAAACAGUCAUUAGCCAAACUCAGAACAAAUUCAGAAGGAGUAAAAAGGACUCCAGCAAGAAACCUCGAAGUCCAAAAAGCCCCUCUGGAAAGUGUAAGCAACAGUGAUUGCUUUCAGUUUGAAGCCGCAUGAACAACUAUACAGUUACCCAUAGCGUUAAAUGUGGAAGUGGUAUGCUCCCAGUUGAAUUGGCAACUUUCUGCAUCAAAGAAGGUUUUGUGAAAGUAAAUUUUCCAAAAAUGGCAAGAGGGCUGUUUUACCUAGAAGAUAUUGCACCGGCAAUAUGUGAGGCUUCUGUUUAGACCUUUAUCUUGUAUGUACUGGAUGCACUGAUUGCUGAGCUGAUUGAUCAGUAAGGCCUUUACAUCAGAUGACUGCUUUGUGUUGCAGUGUUGACACUGUGUGGGGCAGACAGGCAGAGAGAAACGCAAGUCACAUGUGAAGGGCAACACACACUCAAAACACUCACCCCAUAUGUAAGUUAUCUAUAAUCUCAGACAUCCUGACCUAGACAGAUUGAGCCACAGCAACCAGCAAUAAUUUAAGUCAGUGGAGCAGGAUACCACUCUGCUGUAGUUCCCACUGUUGAUGUGUGUCAAAGUUGCAGGAAAGCACCAGUUUGUCACAGUAUCUCCUUGGACUGGUGCAAUUCAGCUCCUGUACCUUGAAUCUGCGACCAGUGUUUUGCACAUGAGGGUUUUGUGCCACUAACUUUCCAGAGUCAAACUAUGGACUAAGCAUACUGAACACCCCAAAUAACACAAAGAGCUUCUGAACAUCAAUGCCCAGGGAUCAUUAAGUUAAAGCUGGCUGACUGCACCCACAACUUUUAUGUCAAACAGGUCUGUUGAUACUGUACUCCACAGGACAUGGACCGCGGAACGCAUCUGAACAAGGGGGGGCCAUAAUUUCAAGCCACGCGGAGGGGGUGGGGGGGCAUAUGCAUUGAAACAGACAAUAUUACUGAUGUAUUAAAUAACGUUGUGGAGCACUUUUUUUAUUCCAACGCCACACAGUCACAUCUACAGUACAUGCAUGAACAUGAACACAUGCUUGCUCAGAUUAACCCCUCUGAUCCCACUCUAACAUUCACACACAACAGGCCAAGCCUAUUUACACGUAAACACACAGAUGAAACUAUAGCAAACAACAAAGUACAUCCAGUCCACAACCACGACCAAAACUCAUCUUGCUGCCUUGAAUCUAAAUCAACAUCAUAUUCAUUAUCAUCACAAGUCAGCACUCAUAUCAGACUGAUGUGCAGAGCCGCGCACACACACACACACCCACACCCAACAACAAAACAAGCGCAGCUGCGCAGUUACCGAAAAGUAACCAGUACGCUGAAUUUCUGACCAUUAUCGCCCACAAACCGCAAUGUGUAUGUCCACUCCCGCCCACUCCCGCAAAACUUGCACAAUAAUAGAAAUGCAUUGAUUUUGUGUCUUCUCCCGUCCCGCAGGAGAAAUUAUCAUUUUAUAAGCUAUUAAUAAAGAGAUUCAUGGGGUUAUUUGUUUCGUUUCCCUGGUCUGCAUGUCUUUUUACACACUGGCCAAGAAUAGCGCUCCUAUUUCGUUGUUUCAUUUAGUUUUUAAAAAAAUAAAGGCUGUUUCAUAUUCUAUUCUCCUCCCCUGUAUUUAUUUAUUUUCCUACCUUUAUGUAAUCACGCAGUGAUUGAGGUUAAGGCAAGCCCGACGCCAGGAUGAAGUUACCGAGGGGGCGGUUAAAAAUUACGAGGGGGCAAAUCUUUAUUAUGCAACACAGGUUCACAGUGAGUUAUAAAGAGCACGCAGACGUGCGUAAUAGUCGCGCGUAAUGACAGCUCGUCGCCAGUGAAACACAAUAAACUGCACGUCUUCUUUCAUGUUUGUCUCAUGACAGAUGUAGCUGACAGACAGACAGACAGACAGGUGGAGCAAGCGGCAAAUUGGUAUGAAAGCUGGUUCAGGGCAUAUUCGUCCAUUUAUGAAUAAAUAUGGAGUGGAAACGCUCAUGCAUGUGCACCAAGUUCCUGUGUUGACGUCCUGUUGCUAGGCUACAUCUUCUUCUUCUUCUUCUUCUUUUUCUUCUUCUUUUACUGUUUAAUGGGGACCCGCGGGACCCGGUGGGACCCAAUUCCAAUGCAGCCGUCUAUGUCAGAGUACAAAAGUUACCCGGGCCAUGGCCCCCCUGGCCCCCCCAGUUCCGCGGUCAAUGCCACAGGAUACCAAACAGACAAGAGUGGCAGAGGACCGAACAAAGCUGAGUUCAGCACACAGAAAAUUUCUCAACAGCAGAAUAUCUUUUGGGUGGUCAGGGUUAUUCCACAGUCUUCUUUAGUGAGAGUAGUUAUAUUUUUUCAUUAGAGCGAGCUUAUGUAACUUUUGCUAAACAGCGGACCUCUUUGACAACAAGUGACAAUUACAGGAAAAGGGUAAAUGCUAAAUCACCACAUCCUGUAGAGUAACAGCAGUAUAAGUAAACAAGAGGCUCAAAGUCAUUGAACUGACUCAGUGAUGUCGAUUACGCAGCAGUAUCUUAUGUCUGCUGACAUAGGAUAACCUGAUCCACUGUAACCUGCUGGUCAAACCAGACCAAGAAAGGCUAUAACAGCAAAAUCCCUGAGUGUGUUCAAGUGAGCAGCAAUGCAUCUUAUCAUUAUGAUUUCAACUUCUGAUUUGCAAGAGAGUGAAGAUGUCAUCUCUGGUUUCAAAAUGUCUCUGGUCUUACUUUCAAGGACCAAUCACAAAUUUAGGACCACGUACAUUUUGGGUAAAUUCUCAUGUUUCGUGUGUUGUAAAUUCAUUAAUAAUUGAGUCAUAAUUAACAAUGUAAUUGUUUUGCAGUUUUGACUGCAAACAUCUCUGAUGAAAAAAUAGCUUUUACAUAAUCUGAAAAUAUUUAGAAAUUCAUUAGAGCUGUUGUCUGUCAUAAAAGAUCUGUCAAGUUCCAAUAAUGUGUUAAGAAUUUUGGUGUUGGGUUAACCCUUUUGUUUACAAUUAUGUGCAUGUUGAGCCUUAAAUAUAUUAAGGGUGGAGUCUGCAAUUCUGGAGAACUGACAUUUGAAUUCAAUGCCAAAGCAAAUACACCCCUCCCGUCAGCACUCCUUCAGAAGCAAGGUAAUAUCUCCAGUGUUAUUGAUGUGUCAUUACGAUGGGCAAGGACGUGAAAAUGGCAGAGUAGCCAGCAUAGUGUUGUGUAGCUUGGUCCGAGCCACAAAGUUUUCUUCACAUUAACAGAGCUAGUGCUAUAUAUGAACACUGCAUUUUUUUUUUCAGCACACACAGAAUGGACAGAUAGUGGACCGUGACGAGAUAUUCACUGCAUUUGAUAAAAAGUGUAUUCGAAUUACAGACUGCACCUUUAAUGCAUAACUUUUUUUUUAUUAUAUAACUAUGUUUGUGCUUGAGGCCUCUCUUCUUCCUUGCCCUAAGCUGAAAUGUAACACGUUUAAAUGGUUGAAACAUGCUGGAUUUGCAAUGGUAUAAAAUUGAAUUUCCUCUCAGGGGGAUUAAUAAAGUAUAUAAAAUAAACGAAUAGAAAAAAAUAUAUAUCUGUCUGCACCUGCAUGUGGGAACAAGUGUGUUAAAGAAGUAGUAUGGUCAUUUUAUCUUCUUUUCAGUGGAAAUAUUACUCAUACUUUAUUCAAGAGAAAUCACUUUUUUUUUUAAUUAAAAUACAAUUUGGAACUGCUGAA